AUGGAUUUGACACAGCUUCUGGGUCCUUGUUUCUUCCUGGGUCUGGGUCCUCUUCUCUCUUACUGUCGGUUCAUUUGGUCUGGGAUCGGCACUGCCAGCAACUACUACAACAGCAAAUACGGAGACAUUGUGCGGGUCUGGAUCAACGGUGAGGAAACUCUGAUCUUGAGCAGUGACUAUGCUAUCUACAUUUUUGGUCCUUGUUUUUUCCUGGGUCUGGGUCCUCUUCUCUCUUACUGUCGGUUCAUUUGGUCUGGGAUCGGCACUGCCAGCAACUACUACAACAGAAAAUACGGAGACAUUGUGCGGGUCUGGAUCAACGAGCAUGAUCUGCUUCAGAAGAUUCAUAAAUAUUUUGACACCUGGCAGACCGUAUUAAUCAAACCUGAUGUUUACUUCAGACUGGACUGGCUUCACAGGAAGCACAAGGGAGACGCUCAGACGUUGCAGGAUGCCAUUGCAGCUCUGAUCGAGGAGAAGAGAGUUCAGCUGACACAUGCAGAAAAACUUGACCAUCUCGACUUCACAGCAGAGCUGAUAUUUGCUCAGAGCCACGGGGAGUUGAGUGCUGAGAACGUCAGGCAGUGUGUGUUGGAGAUGUUGAUCGCGGCUCCAGACACUCUCUCCGUCAGUCUGUUCUUCAUGUUGCUGUUGCUCAAACAAAAUCCAGACGUGGAGUUAAAGAUCCUGCAGGAAAUGGACACUGUCUUAGCGGGUAGGAGCCUGCGGCACUCACAUCUGUCCAGGUUACACAUUCUGGAGAGUUUUAUCAACGAGUCGCUUCGGUUCCAUCCGGUCGUGGACUUCACCAUGCGCCGGGCGCUGAAUGAUGAUGUAAUCGAGGGCUACAAAGUGAAGAAAGGAACAAACAUCAUACUGAACGUGGGUCGGAUGCACAGAUCCGAAUUCUUCCCCAAACCGAAUCAGUUCAGUCUGGACAACUUCAAGAAAAAUGUGCCGAGUCGUUUCUUUCAGCCGUUCGGAUCGGGCCCGCGGUCGUGUGUGGGGAAGCACAUUGCUAUGGUGAUGAUGAAGUCUAUUCUUGUGACACUGUUGUCUCGUUUCUCUGUGUGUCCUGUGAAGGGCUGUACUGUAGACAGCAUCCCACAAACCAACAACCUUUCACAGCAGCCGGUGGAGGAGCCUUCGAGCCUCAGCGUGCAGCUCAUCCUCAGAAACUCUCUCUGAUUCACCACUAACAUAUCUGCUCCUGUGUCAUUAUUACCAUGUAUUUAUCUACUGCUUUAGUAGUCAGUUCUUUGGAUAUUUGUGUUUAAAUAUGUAUGUAAUUCAGUGUAAAAGUAACUGUUGUUAUAAUAUUGUGGCUUUCUGUGGAU